CAUGUCGGUCUUGUAGUACGAUACGAUUAAGAUUUCACGAUUUUGAAAAUCCUGAAACGCAAUGUUAACCGGGAGCGCGCCCGAAUUCGCGAUUUAAAGCGGGAUAAAAUCCUCGAGGGUAUCGCCAAGGCGGGACAAAAGUGAGUUUCCUUUCUGGGAUCCUUUAGAGGAAAUUAAGGGAGACUUUUUGAGGGGGAUUUGUCGAGAAAACGAGAGGGUUUGGGAAACGAGUGUAGAAGCAGCAGGGUGGAUAUGAAUUCUCAUCCGGAGGAGACUGAGGGUUUGGGGAGCGCAAAGGAUUCGGUGGAAGAGAAUCUGGUGAAAGCUUCCGAAGGAGAUAGCGAGAUGGAGGCAAAAAGGGAGGAUAGCAUCGGGGAAGAAGGAACGAAGACGGAGGAGAAGAACGAUGGCGAAGCUGUGGGUGUCGUAGAGGCGGCCGAGGCUGCCAUAAAUGGUUCUUCUCGGAGGAGGGAGCCCAGGGCGUCUUCUCGGGCUGCGAGGGAGAGGAUUGGGCUAAUGACGAUGGACUUUUACCAGAUUGAAGAGGAGGAGCGACCGAUAAAGAGUUCGGGAAGAAAGCGAAAUCGGGGGAAAAGUGUGGGCAAUCUCGGCGAGGCUGAAACCGUGGAGAAAGAGAAAAGCCAGAGACAAAAAUCGAAGAGAAGGGAGGAAGAUGAAUCUGUUGGAGGUUCGAGAAGUUCACAAAAAGCAACUGCUGAAGAUAAGGAGGCUGCGGUGGCUAAUUCUGAUCCAGAGACAAACACUGCCAAAAAGGAAUCGAACAUGUGUCACCAAUGCCAGAGGAAUGAUAAAGGGGCUGUUGCACGAUGUACACAAUGCAAAACUAAGCGCUACUGUCAUAACUGCAUCAAAACAUGGUACCCUUCAAUGUUGCCAGAAGAUGUUGCUAAAAAAUGUCCUGUUUGUCUUGAAAAUUGCAAUUGCAAGGCCUGUAUGCGGCUGGAUGGCCCAAUCAGGCAACUUAGGGAUUCCAAAGUUGAAUAUACUGACGAUGUAAAAAUGCAGUACUCUAAGUACAUGCUGAAAAUGCUUCUGCCUUUCCUGAAGCAAUUUGACAUCUUGCAAUCUAGAGAGAGGCAAGCUGAGGCUAGAGUACAAGGGAAAUUAGAAUCAGAGUUAGAGCUUAAGAGAUCAGAAUGCAGGGCAGAUGAAAGAAUGUAUUGUGAUAUUUGUAAAACAUCAAUUGUUGAUUUCUAUCGAAGUUGCCCUGAUUGUCCAUUGGACUUGUGUCUCAUUUGCUGUCAAGAAUUGCGGGAUGGAUGUUUGAAGGGAGGUCGUGAAGAAGUGGUUAUAAAUUAUGUUGAUUAUGGCUUUGAAUACUUGCAUGGAAAUGGUAAAGUCAAAAAACGCACCCGUAAAUUGGGUGAAGAAGGCCACAAUGAUAUGAAUGGGUCAAAGUGUGAGUGGAGAUCUGCAGAAAGUGGUAUCAUUCAAUGCCCACCAGAGUGGAUGGGCGGUUGUGGAAAAGGAAUUUUAGAACUGAAGUAUGUAUUUGAAGGCGAUUUUGUUUCCAAAUUGUUGGCGAGAGCAGACGACUUAUCAAAGACACUAGAUCUUGAUUUGUAUGAAAGUUUUGAGCAGAAGUGCCCAUGUUUGGAUAAGAAAGGAAAUGACAGCCUGCGUAGAGCAGCCUUUCGAGAAAAUUCAGAUGACAAUUUUUUGUACUGUCCAGCAGCUAUAAGUCUUCAGCCUGAUGAUUUGGGGCAUUUCCAAUGGCACUGGUCCAAAGGAGAGCCAGUGAUUGUAUCUAACGUGCUAGAAACUACCAAGGGUUUGAGUUGGGAACCAAUGGUUAUGUGGCGAGCCUUUCGUCAAAUAAAAAAUGACAAGCACAAACAGCUUCUUGAUGUGGAAGCUAUUAAUUGCUUGGACUGGUGUCAGGUUGGCAUAAAUGUGCAUCAAUUUUUCAAAGGGUAUUCAAAAGGCAGAUUUGAUCAAAGUGGCUGGCCUGAAAUUUUAAAGCUUAAAGACUGGCCCCCAACUAACUCGUUUGAUGAUAAUCUACCUCGUCAUGGUGCUGAAUUUAUCAGUUGCUUGCCUUUCAAGGAGUACACUCAUCCUCGUUCUGGCUACUUGAACCUUGCGGUGAAAUUGCCAGAGAAAUCUCUGAAGCCUGAUAUGGGACCCAAGACAUAUAUUGCUUAUGGUGUCCCUCAAGAAUUGGGACGGGGAGAUUCUGUAACGAAAUUACACUGUGAUAUGUCUGAUGCAGUGAAUGUACUGACACAUGCGAAGGCUGUUGAAUUUGAGAGUGAUAACCUUGAGAAAAUAGAAGAACUGAAGAAAAGGCAUGCUGCACAAGAUAGUGCUGAACUGUACGGCUGUACGCAGACCUCUAAAAUGGUUGAAAGAGUUAAAGAAGACGAAGAUGAGAGACAUGCAAGCUGCAGUCCUUUGGAUUCUGAAACUGUGCCAGGAAAUGGUGACGACAACAAAGAUGGUGCUUUGUGGGACAUUUUUAGGAGGAAAGAUGUACCCAAAUUGGAAGAAUACUUGAAGAAGUAUUUCAAAGAGUUCAGGCACAUCUAUGGCAAUCCAUUGCCACAGAUUGUCCACCCAAUUCAUGAUCAAUCCGUGUACUUGACUGUGGAACAUAAAAAGCGGCUUAAGGAGGAAUAUGGUAUUGAGCCAUGGACAUUUAUACAGAAAUUAGGUGAUGCUGUACUUAUUCCUGCUGGUUGCCCUCAUCAAGUCCGAAAUUUAAAGUCUUGCAACAAGGUUGCACUUGAUUUUGUUUCUCCUGAAAACGUUGGAGAAUGCAUUAGAUUGUCGGAGGAGUUUCGCAUUCUUCCACAAAAUCACCGGGCUAAGGAAGACAAACUGGAGGUAAAGAAAAUGCUUGUUUAUGCAAUUCAAAGCAUUGUGGAAGAUCUCGAGAUGCUGGUGGGGAAGAACUAACAAUACUUCUGCUUUGUGCUCUGGGAUCAUCGCGAGACAGAUAAGAGGUGUGGAUGGGGUCUAACAACAAUUCAUACCAUAUGGUUUGACAAGAGGGUGAUGAUCCAGGAACAGAUUUUGUAUUGUUGAGGUAAUUUCUGUAUAAUGGUUUUUCUGGCUGGAUAUUACCGAUGAUUGUUAUGAACCACAAGUAUGUGAGUUUGUGCAUUAUUGUAAUGUGCAAUGUUUGAAUGUUUUUAUGUCAUUUUAUAAAUGUAAUUCAGUUGGAUUUUUUUAGUUUUUUGGUUGAUGUCAAGUGUAAUGCUUAUUUUGAUAGUCUGUACAUAACGUAGUGUUAGUAUGAUUACUUAUAUCAUA